AUGACCACAAAGUCCAAGUCCAAGCAAGAAGAAGCUCUGCAGUUUCUCGACGAUCUCGACUCAUUGGCACCCCCAGAGGGUGUCCCCGAGUCUACCCAAGCCUCCCAACCGCCGCCCGGCGGAGAAGCCGAGGUGUACGCAUUCAUAGACGAAAUCACGCAGAAGAGCUCGGAGCCUCCGCGUAUAACGACGUCCCACAUCGAACGGCCCUUGUCGCGUGCAGGAACGCCCGGACCAACCGUACGGAAGAGCACCGAGCGAGUACGCGUAGGUGCGGCAACACCUCUGUUACCGACGAAUACCAGCUCUACUUCCAAGACCGAAGCCUCUGGUUCGCGCUUGGGUACUCCAGUCACUCCAAAUGAUAGCGCUCAGGAAGGCCAUGCCGCUCCUGGAGGGGUUUGGGGUUGGGGCAGCGUAUGGUCGAGUGCUAGCGCUGCUAUUCAGCAGGCUAGGACUGCUGUGGACGAACAGGUGAAGAAGAACGAGCAGGCUCGCAAGUGGAGUGAGGGGGUCAUAGAGUAUGCAAGGACAGCUCAGCUGAAUAAACUCGGCACCGACUUCAAGAGGGUCGGACUGUCCACUCUCACCGAUAUUCUUAAUGUUGUUGCUCCGCCCAUUUCAGAGCAUGAAGUCAUUCAGGUCUGGCUCAGCCACGAUAUGGCCGGGUAUGACGGCGUCGAAUCACUCGUAUACAGAGCGCUGUCAAGGAUCUUGGAGCAGGUGGAAGGUGGAGACCUCGUAGUCAACCGAGGCGACGAGUUCCGGCCCAAGGAACCCGCUAACGGCAAGAGAGAGUUGAACGCCGUGGAAGGGUUCGAGGCGGCGUUGAAGCUUGCACAGGCCAACAUCGACGAGAUCAUCAAGCACAACGCGAAGCCCCAACAAACGCACCCAUCGUCAGCUCAGAAUCCCACCACCUACUCCUACGUCUACAUCCGCAUACAACCAUACAUGACGACCUUCCCUCUUCCCCAACCCUCCGUGAAUGCUGAGGUCGUCACUCCAGCAACGCCGACUACACAGUCGUCCCUGCAGUUCCUGCUUUAUCUCUCGGAUCCUACGCAUCAGUUGAACCAUUCCACGGUCACCCAAGCCGUUCCGUGUAAAUGGCUUGACUUCUGGGACGAGUUCGAAUGGGUGGAGGAUCUGGUCGUGGAGGCUAUCCGAGUAGGCGUCGAGGUUAUCGGUCAGGAGUACAUCGUGUCGCGCAUGGGAUGGAGCAACCCUACGGAGAAUGACCAACGAGAAAUCGAGCAAAGUGUAGAGGAGCCUACUGCUGUUUGA